AUGACCUCACAGGGGUUUUCUUUCCCGCCCCCGCCGCCUCCGCCGCCGGCAACGACUCAGGCGCCGACUCAGCACCCGACCCAACACGGACAGAAUUGGGGCGGACAUGGCGGACACAAUGGGGGACAUGGCGGAGGUCAGCGGGGACGUGGAAGAGGACAAGGCAACCGAGGCCGGGGAGGUAAUCAUGCAGCAAGUGGACAAGCGCCGCCAUACCUUCCUCCUACAGGGUUCAACUACGCGCAACCAGUGUAUGGCGGAUAUCCUCAACCUCUUCCAACAGCAUCUUAUAUGCCUCCUCAACCCUACCAUCAUGGACAAACACCCGCUUUUCAGAAUCCUCAAAACCCGCCCUCAUUUCCAUCUCAACAAUAUCCUCAGUCGGUAGCUUCGGGGAGCUAUCAACACUACAAUACGCACAACCUUCCCACACCUUACCCUCCUACACCCCCGACGUACAUGCAAGGCUUACCGACACCUCCUCAUGGCCAUCAACCAAACAAUCAACCAAUGAUGCCCCCCAUGUCAUGGCGCAAUGACAUGCCAGGUGCGGCGCCAUACAUGGGAGCUCAAUCAGGGCAAACACGAGGGCCGCGACCUCAUGCGCACGGCAAUCAGGGUCCGAAGCCCAAGCACAACCAUAAGCGGGAUCAUUCAUCUGCAUUCAACAAGCCCCAAGCAACUGCACCACGGACUCCCGCUGCUCCUGCCGUCCCAAGCUUCGGCAACCCUCUGCCCUCGAAGCCACCACCAGCCGCCGACUCCACACCUAAUAGGAAGACAAAGAAGAGAAAACGGAAGCACAAUCAGCUCGGACUGACCCCUCAUACCGAAGAACACGAGUCAAGCGAAGAAGAGGCUGACGAAGACGAAGAAGCAAAGCUAGCGCAAAGUGGAGGUGAUGCUGCACCACUUCAGGUCUCAUACAAAGGGAAAACAUCUACAUUACAAACACCAUCCGAUAUUGCUGCUUGGAUUGCAGAGCGUAGGAAGAAAUUCCCCACUAAAGCUCGGGUCGAAGAAAAGAAGAAGUCCAUGGAGGAAGCAAAGGCAGCCCGUGAGGCAGCGCGUCUACAAAAACAAAAAGAGCAACAGGAAAAGCGAAAAGAGCAUAUACAAAAGCAAAACGAACACAAGACAGAAACUGCAGAUGCAACGACAAAUGCGCAACGCAGGGAGAAGAUUCGGCGCAACCUUGAGCGCGAGGAGAAACGGAUCCAAAAAGCUAUGGCUGAGACCGAAGCUGCUCGUCUCCGAAUGGAAGCUCUACAGAAGGAGGCACUGAGCCUAAAUGCAGAUCUUAGCCAAGAGGAAGAUACUGGUAUCACACCCGCGCCCCAACAUCCGGCCCUUGACCCAGUUAUUGAGACUAAACCCGAAACCCCGUUACCAGAACCAACUACUAAAACCGAAACCGAAGAUCCGGUACCAGAGCCAGCCAUCAACGCUGGACCUGAAACUGCAGUGACGGAUAUAAUUAUACCAACCGAGCCUGGCCCAACCCCAGAGCCUGUCCAAUCAGCCGACCCCGUUUCCCACGCGACAGAGGUGCAGGGAGAUCCUGGAAUCCUGCUCGAGUCCAAAGAUCUCGAGGCUACGAUUAAGACCGAACACCCCAUUGACCAUGGCUUGGAUGACAUGGAGAUCACAUCCAAUCAUGAGGCCAGUGAUUGGACCUCCUCGGAUGCUUCUGGCUCAGAUCCCGACUCCGACUCUGAAAGUGACGACUCCGCGCCAGAGCAAGCAACUUCACGUCGCACGGGACCAGAGCGAGUCCCACCCCCACCCCGCGAAGGCAAAAAGACUGUGUGCCGUUACUUUGCGCGUAAUGGGCAUUGUAACCGUGGCGACCAGUGUAAAUUCCUUCAUGAGAAUGACUCUGAACGAAAGACCAAGGCAAAGCCUACAGAAAAGAAGGCAAAAGAGACGAAACGCAAGGGACUUUAUCAAGCUGUGGGAGCUCCAUUGAUUUUUGCUAUUGAAAUUGUACUGACAUGGAUUAGUUGCUGGACCGACAGGCAGAAGACGAUGACCGUCGAGCAAUGGAAGUGA